UUGAGUUAAAGUAAUUUCUGUUUUUGGUAUCAAGGAAGUUUAUUUAGAGGUGAACUUUACUCUUUAUGUCAAUAAAGCAAAAUAUCCAUUGUGGGGUCACAGACGACUGGGCUUGGCAGUUGGAAUGUAGUUAGGCUGCCAGUCUCCGAUACAACAACCAAAGUACCGGGAAGUAUUUUGUAAUUUGUCCUACAAAUUGGUGAAUUUUUUGGAAUAUUACCGCGUUGUCACGGGAAUAGCUUACUCGACAAUCACCAAUUCUGUCUUGUAGUCACUGACUGCAACUUCGUCGAAUUUAUCGAAGAAAGGAAAAAUAGAACCACGAGUGCACAAUUACUACACGCCCAAUGGAGAUUGACGACGUUGAUUAUUUGGAUGAUCUUUUGCGUGGGAUGCAGAACAAAGUUGGAGCAACAAUACCUCUGUGUCUCUUACAACCAAUCUUAAGUGGAUCGUCAUCAGAUUCUCAUAUGGGUGUGAACGGGUCAAGCACACCCACGGAAUCAGGGGAGCGGCGACAGAUGAAGCCCACCGUAGUCGAUAGCACGGAGAACAUGAGUUCUGAUGGUGGUAAUGGUCAUAGCGAUAAUGCGCAAAUUCCAGUGUCCACCUUACAGGAUUUGUCACCAAUUAAGCCAUUCAGUUCUAGAUUUCAGCGGCUGGAAGAUAAAUGUCAGAAACUGAAAAAUGACAUGAGUGUCUUGCGAGCAAUGGAUGUUGGUGUAAUGAAGCAAUUUAUGACUAUCUACGACGCUGUCGAAGAACUGCAUUGGAUGAUUGAAUCCAUGGGUGAUUCAUGUGAAUCUCUCAGCUCCUCCGUCUACGAAUCCCUUGAGCAAAUUCACGAGAAGUGGAUGACAGAGCGCCGUCAGUGGAAGUCAACGUCCAGUCGCGAUCUGUCCACUGCAUGGAGGGACGAUUCCAGGGUCAGCAUCAAUCACGUGGGGAGGUUGAACAGUAUGGACAGUUGGAGGCAAGCACACAGUGACAACAGAAACCCUCGGUAUCAUGGUCUCAGCUUGCAAAACAUUAACUGGCAAUCCCCUCAGAAAGAUCUAAACAACAGCUUCCCACAAAUCACUUCUGGAAGGAGUAACUUCGAGAGACAGCGCCGGUCGAGCGUAGAUCAUCUUCCCAUCACACCAACUGCCACAGAAUCACCUCAGUCUUCACCUAUCCGACCCAGGAAACGACGGAGUUCUUCUGGAGCAUUAGAAUUAGAGGUGGGUGUGGUUGAGGGAGAUAUAGAGGAGGAAAUCCUCGAGAAACCCGCAGCGGAUCAAAGGAACAUCCAUGUCAAGAAACCUAAAUUCCUUUUCCAUUCCCAAAGUUCCCCUUCGUUUGACCCACAGGAACAACCGGUCGACGUCACAGACACAGCGGUAAUAUGACUUAAUGCAAAUGACUAAACGUCAAAAAGCAUGCCAUUAUUCAUUUUGUAACAAUAAUGAAAUUACUUUUAAUUUGGGUAUAUAAAAGUCAAUAAGUUUGUUUAAAUAAACAUUGAAAGGAAGGCACGUUUCUGUAUAUGUUUCAGGACAUAAACAAAGAGAAAAGUAGAAAAGAUAGUGAUCAAUAAAGAGACGUUAAUAUUAUUGUGUCUCCAAAUUCUACAACUCCGUAGAAAUUGUCCGAUUUUGACUAGAAUGCCUUUAGUUCUAGAUGCAAACCACCUGCUUAGAUAGAAGCUUUUUAAAUUAAUACAAAAGGGAUCAAAUACGUCUUGGACUAUAUUAGCUUACACUGGUGAAAUUUUCAUUUACAUUCUUCUUGCAGAAAUUAAUUAGUGGAAAAAUAGUCAAUGGUUUCCAGGGCAUUGUCAGAACUUUAACAGGAAAAGAUGAAGGACAUGUAACGUAAUAAGACCCUAAUAAAGACUAUUAGCUAUCAUUAUUUAGCUUAACAACAUUAUAUCCGUUUUGUCCUAGCUUGGAUGAGAAACAAACAUCAAAUUUCAAAACUUUUCUCAGGUAGUUAAUUGUAGUAUUGUGACUUCAGUUCUAUUUCGGUACGGCAAUAAAUAUGAGCUUGGCCGCUCUUAAACAAGAGUAUAAGGCAGGCUUUGGACAGUGAAAAUGACCCGAACAUUUUCUUCUAUAAUUCAGA